AUGGCGUGUUUGGUGAUAGAAUUAAACAGGGAGUUUGCAGAAAAGGAGAAGGCCACAGCAAAGGCCCUGGAAGAUGUCAAGGCAAACUUUUACUGUGAAUUAUGUGACAAGCAGUAUCACAAACACCAGGAGUUUGACAAUCACAUUAAUUCUUACGAUCAUGCUCAUAAGCAGAGAUUGAAAGAAUUAAAGCAACGAGAAUUUGCUCGAAAUGUAGCUUCUAAGUCAUGGAAAGAUGAGAAGAAACAAGAAAAAGCACUUAAACGUCUCCAUCAACUGGCUGAGUUAAGGCAGCAGACUGAAUGUGUUUCUGGAAAUGGACCAGCAUACAAAGCUUCCAGGGUAACUAUAGAAAAACAACUACAGCAAGGAAUUUUUCCCAUUAAGAAUGGCAGAAAGACAUCAUUCAUGAAGAGUGCUCUUCUCCUCAAAGGAAAAAGUCUCCCUAGGAGUAUUUCUGAUAAACAGCGGUCCACUAUGCCAAACAGACACCCAUUACCAACAGACAGACGUUACUUGUUUGGAAAUCAGAGUCCACAAACAUCUCCAGAUCCCAGAAAUGUCAGUCACAGGACAGGAGUAUCGUUUUCUUUUUCCAAAAAAGUGCAUCUAAAAUUAGAAUCUUCAGCAUCGGUUUUCAGUGAGAAUGCAGAAGAAACACAUGAUUGUAACAAGUCACCUUUUUAUAAAACAAACCAAACUGCAGAGAAAUGCAAGUGCUGCAUGUUUACAAAUGAGGAUACACAGAUUACUAUGGAACAAGAUAUAAAUAUUUCACCAAGCCAUCUGGAAAGUGGCUUACACAAUACCUUCUCCAUAAGCUCUAAUAUUCUGCAAGACAAAAAUGACUCUAUUGAUGAAACACUAAAAGAUUCAAUUGGCAUUCAAGCUUCAUUCUCUAAAUCUAACAUUCAUUUUUCAGAUGUGGAUUUUACACCUUCCAGCAGAGAAAAAGAAACUCAAAAUACAUUGAAGAAUGCUUCAGAAAAACACAUAAAUCAUCCAUGCCAAGCAAAUGCUUCCUCUAGCCCACCAAACAUUUACAAGCACAGUGAUACAAGGGUGUUUGAAUGUCUGGAUGAAUUUCCUUCACCAGAGCCAAGAGAACAAAGGGAUACAGUGCAUCUAAAUUCUAACCCCAGAAUAGAGAACAGAAAUAAAUCUUUAGAUGAAACGGCAAGAGUUAGCAAAAAUGUGAAAAGGCUCAUAAGAGAAACAUGUCUUCAUGAUGUGAAGUCUAAAUCAUUGCCUUUUCUUCAUGUGCAAAGCAAGGAUGGCCACACCACUCUCCAAUGGCCUACAGAACUUUUGCUGUUUACAAAAACACAACCCUGUAUCUCCUAUGGGUGUAACCCAUUAUAUUUUGAUUUUAAAAUUUCUCGGAACACAAAGAACAGCCACGAUCCAGAAGACUUAAAAACAGAUUUGAGUAAGAAAUUGUGUGGAAAGAAGACUAAAAUAGAGAGCCAAUCCUCAGGUUUAAUCAAAGACCAACAAAAAGUGGUCCAAGAAGAUAAUCAGUCUCUAAAACCAAAGAUGAUUGAAAUUAAUCCAGAUUGGGAAAAUUUUCAGAGAAAAUAUAAUUUGGACUACAAUGAUUCUGAACCAAACAUGGAUAAACAUAACUUUAGUGCAAGUGAUUUGGGUAGGAAAAAUCCUAAAGUGCCUGCUUAUCUUGAGAUCUCUCCAAAGGAUUGUGUAGGAAAUCAGAAUAACAGUGAUAAUGAAUCUAAGGAACCUUCAAGGAUUCAUUGGCAAAGCUGCCAACGGGUAGUUCUAAAUAAUGCAAAUGAGGGUCUAUCUUUCACUCCCUACAUGUCUAGGACUAAAAAGAAGAAUAAACUGAUUCCCUGUGAUGCUCAUUCAGAAUUUGAAGAUAGAAAUCAAUUUAAAUGGGGUUCUAGUCCUUAUGGAGUAGGGGGCCACAGCGAGCACAGGAAGGACUUCAGUACAAUUUUCAAUAGAGGUAAUUUGCUCUAUUUUUGUAAAAGAGAAUGCAACCCAGUUGAAAGGCACAAACGGAAACGCAGAAAGCACAACUGCCUCUCCUUAUCUGAUGAGAUAGUGAGCAGUGACUGGCUGCAGGCUGAAACACAGAGAGAUAGAAACUGCCAAUUGUGGGAAUCAUUUAAAAAUGAAAAAUACUCAAAACAUAGAGAUGGCCACUGCAGACAAAGACAUAAGUUGAGCAAAAAUCAACAAGAAUUUUCAGGGCCAAAAUUCAGGAGGGUCAUCCAUUGUGAUUCAGGCUCACCAACUGAAAAACCACCUAAUUGUCAGGUAUUUCAGCACAGCAAAUUGGGCUGUUACUCAGGAGAGAAAAUUUAUCACCUACAUAAAAAUGAAAGAAAUCAUGACUCUCUGGACAGCCCCCACAUUUGUGAUCUGGGAAAAGUAAAAUCCAUGCAGUGCAACUCUGGGAAUAUCAGCUGCCUUCUAAGAAACUGUUCCAGUGGCCCUUCAGAAAACUCUGAGUUGGAUGUGACAGAAAGAGAGAGAACCCCUCUGACUGCCAAAAGCCUUUUAGAAAGAGUGCAAGCUAAGAAAUGUCAGGAACGCACAACCAAUUUUGAGUUCUCUUCAAACAGCUGUAAAAAUGAAUCAGAGGCUCAUUCACAAAUUCAAUGCACAAUUCAAUUUGGCCCACCACUCUGUAACAGACCAGCUUUGCCUCUGCCUCAAAAAACACAGAACAUAAGCAAAAGGAGACAUCAUAAAGGCACUGCAGUUCUAAGGACUACUGAGAAAGGCAAAGUAAAAUGUUCACAGACAAGUAAUUCUACUGUUUUCACAGACACUGAUGGUGAAAACCGGCUAUCUCGAGGUAUAAUUCAGGUAGUAGCAGAGUCUCAGUCACCAAACAUAAAGAACGUAACAACAAAAGAUCAAUCACAACCUUUCAUUAGUGAAGUCCAACCUUUAACUCAAAGCUGUGACCCAGUACCAAAUGACUGCGCUGGUGCUCUACCGUCUAAUAAAGAUACUACUGUUACUAAUUCAACAGAGACCAAAGAGGACCAAAUAAAUCUAGAAUUACAGGAUGUAAGCAUGCAUAUGAAUCAUGUGGAGGGGAAUAUAAACUCUCACUAUGACAGAACUAUGCUGAUGCAUGACAAUGUUGAAGAUGGAUUAGAAAUGUGUCAUAAAUCUAUUUCUCCCCCUUUAAUUCAACAACCCAUAACAUUUUCUCCAGACGAAAUAGAUAAAUAUAAGCUCCUUCAGCUACAAGCCCAACAGCAUAUGCAGAAACAGCUCCUCUCCAAGCAUCUUCGAGUUCUGCCUGCUGCAGGCCCAGCUGCCUUCUCUCCGGCCUCAGCUGUACAGACAGUUCCAGUUCACCAGCAUGCUUCUAUAACCACCAUCCACCACACAUUCCUGCAACAUUUUGCUGUUUCUGCUUCCCUCAAUUCCCACAGCAGCCACCUACCAAUACCCCAUCUGCAUCCUCUUUCACAACCUCAUUUCACUCCCAUCACAUUUUCACCUCUAACUCCAGCCGUCAUCCCCGCACAUCCCACUUUCUUAGCUGGUCAUCCCCUGCAUUUAGUCACAGCUGCCCCUUUCCAUUCCUCCCAUAUAACACUUCAGCCUUUACCCCCUGCAGCAUUUAUCCCUGCAUUGUUCAGCCCUCACUUGAAUCCAGCCACAACGUCCAUCAUCCACUUGAAUCCGUUAAUCCAGCCAGUGUUCCAAGGUCAAGAUCUUUGCCAUCAUUCUUUUUCCAGCCAGAUGCAACAGUUAAAUGGAGUGAAAGAGGCCUUAAAUGUGUCAGCCCACUUGAAUUAA